AUGGAAGCACAGACUUCAAAUGCUAAUCACCCUCCCAGCUUUCUUCAACGGUCGCUGCCUGCUGUUGUGCCUAUUCUUUUGAUUUCAAUAGGAUAUGUGGACCCUGGAAAGUGGGUGGCAAUUGUUGAAGGAGGUGCACGAUUCGGGUUUGAUCUGAUGGCCUUCACACUUAUCUUCAAUUUUGCAGCAAUCUUCUGUCAUUACAUAUCAGCAAAGAUUGGUGUUAUCACAGGAAAAGAUCUUGCUCAGAUUUGCAGUGAUGAGUACGAUAACUGGACAUGCAUGCUUCUUGGAGUUCAAGCAGAACUUUCGGUGAUCAUGCUAGACCUUAACAUGAUAUUGGGCAUGGCACAUGGAUUAAAUAUUCUUUUUGGGUGGGACUUGUUCACUUGUGUCUUUUUAACUGCCACUGGCGCUGACAUUGAGAAGGCGAAGAUCCUGGGCAUGUUUGUGUCAGGUUUUGUGUUUCUUACAUUUGUACUUGGAACUCUCAUUAAUCAAUCAGACAUUCCAUUAUCCGUUAAUGGAAUACUAACAAAGUUGAGUGGGGAGAGUGCAUUUAUGCUGAUGAGCCUUUUAGGAGCAACUCUUGUGCCUCACAACUUCUACCUUCAUUCUUCUAUUGUACAGUGGCAUCAGGGAUCAGCUACCAUUCCUAAGGAUGAUUUGUGUCAAAACCAUAUUUUGGCCAUUAUAUGUGUCUUCAGUGGCCUUUAUUUGGUAAACAAUGUGCUGAUGAAUGCUGGAGCAAAUGAGUUCUACAGUAUGGGUCUUGUUUUGACUACUAUUCAGGACGCAUUAUCUCCAAUGGAACAGGUGUUACGUAGUCCAAUAGCCAUGCUUGCUUUUUUACUCAUUCUGUUUUUGGCAAAUCAAACCACAGCAUUAACUUGGAGUUUUGGUGGAGAAGUAGUUGUGCAUAGUUUCUUAAAAUUGGACAUUCCAGGAUGGCUUCAUUAUGCUACAAUUAGAGUAAUUGCUGUUUUGCCUGCCCUUUAUUGUGUUUGGAGUUCAGGAGCUGAAGGGAUGUAUCAACUACUGAUAUUCACUCAGAUUGUGGUAGCUUUGCAACUUCCAUCCUCAGUGAUCCCCCUAUUUCGGAUUGCCUCAUCUAGAUCAAUAAUGGGGGUACACAAGAUCCCUCAAUUUGUGGAAUUUUUGGCCUUGAUCAUAUUUAUUGGGAUGCUUGUCUUGAAUAUUGUCUUUGUUGUAGAAAUGAUAUUUGGAAGUAGUGAUUGGGUGGGCAAUUUGAGAUGGAGUGUGGGAAAUGGUGUCUCUCUUUCUUAUUUGGUUCUUCUUUCCACCGCUUUUGCAUCUUUCUGUCUGAUGCUUUGGUUAGCUGCCACACCAUUAAAAUCUGCAAGUGUUCAAUUAGAUGAUCCAGGAUGGAACUGGGACAUGCCACAGGCUGUAUCAGAACCACGGAUUGAUAAUGAGGAAACAGAUUUAAAUGAAACAAGAUAUCAUCAUGGAGACGCAUCUGUGCAGGUGAUGGAACCAUUACCAGCUCUAACAAGGACCCUGGAAUACUCAGAUGUACCUGUUCCAAGUUUUCAUCAUGAUCUACCUGAAACUGUCAUGGCUCCUGAUGUUCCUGUGACUACUGUAAGGGAGACUCAUUCAUAUACAUCGUUUCCUUGCUCCCCAACAUCUGUUGUUAAGGAAUCCACUUCCACUUCAGAAUCAGAGGCUGUGCUAACUGCAAGUAAUGAGACUUCUGGUAUUAGAUUGGGAGAUGCCAAAACUUUAAAAACAGAAACUAGUGCCCCUGUUGAGAAAACUGUAGAAGUUGAGGGAGAUUCAAAUGCCGAUAGGGAAGAUGAUGAUGGAGACUCAUGGGAAACUGAAGAAACACCAAAAGUGGUGUCACUAGCCCCAUCUUCAGCACCCGAUGGCCCAGCAUCAUUCAGGAGUCUUAGUGGGAAAAGUGAUGAUGGAAGUAAUAGCAUUGGAAGUCUUUCGAGAUUAGCAGGUUUAGGGCGUGGUGCAAGACGUCAACUAGCUGCUAUUCUUGAUGAAUUUUGGGGACAACUUUAUGAUUUUCAUGGUCAAUAUACCCAGGAAGCUAAGGCUAAGAAACGUGAUGUUUUACUGGGAGUAGAUUCAAGACUCACUGGCUCUUUGCAGAAAAUGGAUACAUGUGGAAAGGAAUAUUCUGAACACUUGAUAUCUGUAGGAAGUAGAGCUCCGGGUUCUUUGAUUAACUCUGCUCCAUACGACUCUCCCAAGCAACACAGGAUGCAAAGUAAUUUUGAGCCUUCCUAUGGGCCUCGAAGGAGUUAUUCCUCAGUGAGGACAAAUCCCGUCCAGUUUAUGGAUGAAUAUGUUCAGACCUCUAAUUGCAAUCCCCUCAAUGCUGGUGAAAGGCGUUAUUCCAGUGUGCGCAAUCUACCUACAUCCAGGGCGUGGGAUUAUCAGCCAACUACUAUACAUGGUUAUCAGGUUACAUCUUAUAUUAAUCAGGUUAGUAAAGAGGCAAAUUCUGACAACUUAAAUGGUUUGAUGGAAUCCCCUUCCAUGGGUAUUAUGAACAACUACAGGAACUCUGUGGGUAAUUCGAACAACUACAGGAAUUCUAUUCCACUUGCUAUGGGUCAAAAGUUGCAAAACGGUUCAGGUUUGAGCCAACCCCCAGGGUUCCAGAACAUUGCUGUCUCUAAGAAUAGCCAAUUGCCAUCUGAAAGGUCCUGUUAUGAUUCUCGCCCUUCUGGACCUGCAGAUAGUUCAGUCAGUUCAGUUAAUUCUAAGAGGUACCACAGCUUGCCAGACAUUUCAGGAUAUGUCAUCCCUCACAGGGAUGCUUACAUAUCUGAUAAGAGUGCUCUAUGGGAUGGUUCUGUUGGUGGAUAUAGAUCUUCUGCGAGUAGGACUCAUUAUGAACCGUCAUUAUAUUCAAAUUCCGGAUCAAGGACAGGAGCUCCUUUAGCCUUCGAUGUACUCUCUCCAUCAAAAGUCUACGGUGAUGUACUUUCUUCUCAAUUGAGUUCUGGUUUGGGUACUGGAUCCCUCUGGUCCAGACAGCCUUUUGAGCAGUUUGGGGUCGAUGAUAAAAUUCAUAAUGCUGCAACACAAGAUGUUGGAAAUAGAUCUAGUGCAAUUACUGAGGAAACUACUUCGGUUGUGGAUAUAGAUGGCAAACUUCUUCAAUCAUUUAGAAAUUGUAUUUUGAAACUCCUAAAGUUGGAAGGGUCUGAUUGGCUUUUUAAACAGAAUGAUGGAGCUGAUGAAGAUCUGAUUGAUCGUGUUGCUGCAAGGGAAAAAUUUGUCUAUGAAGUUGAAACCACAGAGAUGAAUCGGGAAAAUCCUAUGGGAGAAGGCCGCUAUUUUUCUUCAACGAAGAAUAAUGAGGCAAAUUGGUCUAAUUUUUCCGUGACCUCAAUCCCUAAUUGUGGGGAAGGAUGUGUGUGGAGAGCAGACAUAAUAAUAAGCUUUGGUGUGUGGUGUAUCCAUCGUGUCCUUGACCUCUCACUAAUGGAGAGCCGACCAGAGCUGUGGGGGAAGUACACUUUUGUACUCAAUCGCCUCCAGGGUAUAAUUGAUCUGGCUUUCUCUAAGCCUCGUAGUCCCAUGACCCCAUGCUUUUGCCUUCAAGUUCCCAUGACAUACCAGAUAAAGUCAUGCUCACCUCCUUCCAACGGGAUGCUGCCCCCUGCAUCAAAACCAGGCCGUGGAAAGUGCACAACUGCAUCGGUGAUGUUUGAGAUGGUCAAGGAUGUGGAGAUAGCAAUCUCUAGCCGGAAAGGUCGUACAGGAACUGCUGCUGGUGAUAUAGCCUUCCCAAAGGGAAAGGAGAAUUUGGCAUCUGUUCUCAAACGGUACAAGCGUAGAUUAUCCAACAAACCAGUUGGCACUCAAGAAGGGAUUCGCAAGAUUCCCACAUCAGCACCAUACAACUCUUAG